AUGGAAAAUCUUCUGCUGCGCCGCGGACCGCCGGCUCCUGCUCGACUGCUGUCUGGACGCGGUCUGGCUCGUUGCACCGAGAUCCACAACUGCCUCCUCUACUGCUCCGCCAACCAGAAGAAGCUCAGGCAGCACCUUGCGACGCAGAGCACCAUCGUUCAGGACAUCAUGAUCCCCUACGUAUACAACAUUCUGCCAGCGCUGUUUGACAAUCCUGCAUGUGGCCCUGCGCUCAUCGAGUGGCAGAACCUGAAGGCAACAUUGCAGACGUUUGUUGUCGUCACCUUCAACAUCAAUGUCUUUCGACCCCACUUGCGGGACUCGGACAUGAUCCCAAAGAUUUGCGAGGUGCCUCGCAUCCUGACUCACAUCUCCAUGCUGGAGCUUCUGGUCAAAACGGCAAUCAAUGUGGACUAUCCAAAGGGUCCGUUUUGCGACAAGCUCACCGAGACUCUCCAGGCAGCCUUCGAUCAACUACCGGCGGAGAGUCAGGCUCGACUGCAAAGACGGAUGACUUGCGAGCAGAGCAUGCGCUUGCCCUUCUCGAGAUCCUCUGUCAAGGCUGUCGAGCUGCUCUCGUUUGCUUUCGGUGCCCCAGAGGCCUCACCAGAAGCAGCUGCUGCUAAUCAUUCCACCAAGCAGCGCAAAUGGCGGAAUGCCAAGAACAAGGCGAGAAGGAGGAAGAAGCUCUUCUCCAUGCAGGCAUCGAGCAAGAACGGGGAAGAGCCCGAAGCCGACGACGAGCAGGGCGAGGAGUCCGAAGACGACAUGCCUCCGCUGAUUCCUGGCGAUGGAUGGGAAGCGAGUCUUGGCACAGCCGAUGAGGCCGGCGUUCCGCAGAAAGCCGUCUGCCAGCUAAGUGGUGCGCUGAUGCACGACCCCGUUAGCACUCCAGAUGGGUACCUCUUUGAGAGGGCUGCCUUGGAGGACUGGACGAGCCAGCAUGGCUCGAAUCCUCUCACCGGAGCGCCUUUGGCCAUGGAUGAGGUGGUGGAUCGUGAAGACAUAGCUAACUUUAUCCAGGGAUACCAGCUGCAGAUGCUGUCCGUCACCCAAGUGGCUCCCGAAGCCAUUGACGGAGCAGGGCCAGAGGUCCGGGCCGCUCCUGAUCCCGAUGUGCCGGCACCACCUCCCACAAAGCCUGUCGAGACGGGACCUUCCUUGCUGGGAGACUUGCCUGCACUUUCCAAGACUGAUACGACGGAGAGCAAAAGAAAGGACAAGGCCAAGAUCCGGAUAGAAUCCAGAUCUGUUGUUGACUGUCCAGAGGACAUGCGAUGUGCGAUAGAUGGGAAAGUCAUGGUGAAUCCGGUGCUUUCUCGUUAUGGACAUCAUUUCGAGAGGAAGACGCUGGAGAAGUGGUUUGGAAACUGCGGAUCUGUGUGUCCGAUCACCCAAAAACCACUGCGCUUGGAGGAGUGUCAACCAGAUCAGGAGAUGAAAAAAAGGUUCAACGGGCCUGUCCAAGUUCAUGACCAGUGUUCAGACUUCAGCAGGUCUGAGCUCAGCAAUCUCACGCCCAAUGUUAAGCUCUCCUUCCUCGAGCUCCCCCAGGUCUUCGGCGGCUUCCUCGGCUUCAACAUGGUCAAGACGCCCACCAUAGACCCCACAGUGACACCGAGCGGGGCAAGCGAUGCCGGCAUGGUGCCGCCAAGGCUUAGCAGGAGACAACGCCGAGCCGAAGAGGAGCAGAGAAACCAGCAGGACCGAGCAGCAGAGAGCCCUGUGAGUGAGACCGAUGCCCUUCGUGAUCUUCGCAAGCUCGUCAAGAAGAAGGGCGCAUCGUCUGAGAACUCUUGGUCCUCAGCCCAAGGACCAGAAACAGGUGUUCGAUGGCGCGGGGGCACACCCCCCGUGCCACCAAAGUGGAACUAUGCCAAAGAUGAUCUUCGCGCGUUCACCAAGUUCGAGCGGAAAGUUGCCCUUUGGCAACUUCAGGUUCGCUCUUACAUGUCUCCAGCAGAAGCCGCGUUAGCUCUUUACACCUCCCUUGGUGGGGAAGCUGAAGAAGAGUUAGAACAUAUUGAUUUGAAGAGGCUCUACAGCAAAACUGGUAUAGAGUUUCUUCUUGAGCAGUUGCGUGGUCCCUUGCAAGCCAAGCAGAUUUAUCCCAAACGGAAAUAUUUGUCCGACUAUGAGGCGUUGCUGAGCAUCGGCAUUGACGUGGGGCUCACCUAUGAUGCCGAGAGCCGUGGCAGUCGGCUCCUUGAUCGUGCCAAGCUUUCGCACGAGCAGCAGCGCAUGGUUCUGGUCGGGACGGGGCAAAGCCUGAACUUCGAGGCUGGCUCAGAUCGGGCCAAGAGCGGGCCAAAGGGCGAAAGCAAGGGCAGCAAAGGCAAGGGAAGUGGUUUCCAUCCGUCGGCGCGGUUCUCUUCGGCCGGGCCCUCUCUGCGGCGAGCCUAUGUUGCCGAGAAUGAAGACGGCGAGGGCGAGGAUGACGAUGAGUACCACGACGCCCUCCAGGCCAUCCACGAGGACGAGGGCGAAGACCAGGACGACGAGCGAGACGACCAGCCGGCCGAUGACGACGAUGAGCUGGUCCCCGACAACAGCAAUGGCCCCUCCGAGGCCAUUGGGGAGCUGAGGCCAGCCAUCCUCCAGCAGCCGGGUGCAGUCUUCCAAGCCGAGUUUGCGUGCGUGGCCAAUGUCACAGAGCUUCAGGGGUAUUGUGUUGUUGACACUGCGUGCCAGAGGCCUUCCAGUUCGGAGCCGGCGCGCCACAGAGGCCUCAGCCUCUUUAAGAAAUUGAACGUAGUUCUCGACCUCGCCCAGCAAAAGGCAUAUCUUGCAAGGAUCCUCACCCACAUGAGGAAGCUGGUUGCUCGAGCAGUUGUGCUGGCUUACCGCGUGGGCAGGCUGGGGGACCCCGGCAAGUGGAUGGAGCUCCUGGAAGCUGCAGAGAAGCGCCUGGGCAAAAGCAAGUACUUCUACCUCACCGACGCCUCGAAGGAGAUGAGCAUGCUCAAGCAGUUGGUGCCGUGGGAAAUUACCAAGGCACAGGUGUACGGCAAGCCAAUGACAAGACGGGUGCCAGUGGAUGUUCCCUUUACCCACAGGGGAGCCGCCCUCAUCACGAAUGGUGGCAAGCUGCAGCUUGAGAGUGAGGACAUCAGCGAGAUUCGGCAGCCAAGGCUUAAGUUCGAUGUUCCGGUCCGCAUUGCCAUCUUCUUCUACGGCAUGGCUGAGAAUGACAAAGAAAUGAAGCCAGCACGUGACGAUCCGAAGGCACAUGUUCCAGGGCUAAGGACCGAUGUGAGUUUUCCAGGGGUGCCUGACAGCAUUCCAAAGGAGGUACGUGCAGCAGUGGCCCGGCUCCAUUGCAACGCUGGGCACCCAUCCAAGCAGGAGACCAUACGCCUCCUUGCCGCGCACGGCUCGAUCAACAGUGCUGUGCUGACUGCCUUGGACCACCUUAAGUGCGGUACAUGUGAGAGAGCAAGGACGCCAUUGAAACCCCGUCCUGCUUCUGUGCCAGAGUUCGUUGGUCAGUUUGCCGAGCAGCUGCAAGCAGAUGUGUUUUACGUCAGAGACCUUUCUGCAAACAAUCACCCGGUGCUAGGUGUAACCUGCCUCGCCGCCAAGUUCUACCAGGCCGCUCUGCUGUCUUCGCGUGACCCUCAGGUUGUCCUGAACGAGUUUGAUAGGCUCUGGCUUCGACCUUUUGGCUACCCUCUGUUCAUGAGUGUCGACGCAGAUGGAGCUUUUGAGGGAGCAUUUCAGCAACACUUGCAAGAGAGCGGCACGGUUUUCACGGUUGUGCCAGCUGACGGGCAUCAUCAAAUCGGUGCCACUGAAAGAAAGAAUGCUGUUUUUCGGUCCGUCUUGGAGAAGCUUAUUGAUCAGAACGCUGUGUGUAACAAAGAGCAGUUGGACUUAUGUUUGAGCUCGGCAAUCUGGUCAGUCAACAGCAGCAUCCACACAAGGGGCAGAAGCAGCAUGCAGGCAGUGUUCGGAAAACUUCCAAGAUUUCCUGGGAACUUGUUCUCCGACAGCGCAGCAUUGGCAACCUCCGACUACCACAUGCUGCCGGAACAUCUUCGGACCCAGGCCUGCCAAGCUGUGAACGAGAUGUCCGCCUCGUCAAUCAUCAGGCGGGCAUUGCUGCGGAAAACUGCGACCUCACGAGCCAGAGUGGAUGAGCUUCUUCCUGGCUCACUCGUUGCAUAUUGGAGAUGGAACCUCAAGGCUCGUGCGGCGGCUACAUCCUCGGCAGGCUCCUUGGUCCAAGUGACUCACGAGCAGUUGAGGACGGGCUCUGGGAUGAUGGUCGUGAAGGCGGACUUCCUGCAGAGGAACCUCUUGAACCAGUUGUGCAUGAACCGCAAGUUGCUGGAAAUGAUAACAUUGAUGCCGGCCACCUUCGUGACGAUGGUGCCGAAGAACAACGUUAUCAACUACCAGUUCUUUCCAGAGACGCUGCAAGUGAAGCACAGCCACUUCCUCUACAACAACAAGCCGCACCGACUUUACCUUCCGGUGCCCUGGCUCAAGAGCAAGAACCAUUGGAGCAACCGCCGCAGAACAUCCACGUGUUCUCACCAAGGUACCAACAGCAGAACAUUUGGCAGUACGGCGACGGACCUGAAGCCCGACCUGGUCGUGCAAGAUCAAGGUCAAGAGGACAGGAGGAGGGCUUCACUUCGGCAGGGGCAACUUGCUGACAGAGGCGGGGGUGCUCUACAGACUUCGGCGCCCGGCACGCCAAAGGAGCCCGAACCUUCGCGACUACCACCAGUUCCUUCUCCACUAUCACAAACACCUGUUCCCUCUGACUUUCCGUUUUCACCUAAAGUUCCUUUUUCUGCAGACGUUUUGGCAUCAGCAGAGUAUGGUUCCGCAGAGUACGGCGAGGCUCCUCUUGAGGACGAGCCCGCAGACAACGCUGCCAACACUGCGCAGGCAGCUUCAACGGAGCCCUCGGGGCUCAAAGCAGCGACACUUCCAAGCUCAAGUCGCAUGGCAGAUGAUGGACCUCCGCCGCAGCUACCUGCUAAGCGGCCACAUGAUGCCCUACAAGCGCAGCAGAAGAAGAAAGCCACCGCAGCUCACUCAGUCUUGCUGUCACACUUCGUGCUUGACGACUUCUACGAGAUCUACAGACUUGAAGAGGGCUGGGACGGGUCACCAGACUACAGGCUGCACUCACCUUGCACCGCUUUUCGUUGCUGCGCAGCCAAGGUAGAAGACACUGAGGUUUCUUCUGAUUCCUCUGACUCCUCAGAUGAUGGAGGUGCGUCCCACUCUCCUGGACUCUCCAGACAAGAGCGUAAAGCCAUCGACCGCGAGAUUCCUUGGAGAACCUUGAUGAAGGAGUAUCCCUCGGACAUCAUCAGCCUCUAUGUGAAGGCCAACCGCAAGGAGUAUGACUCUUGGAUGUCCUGGAACUCCAUCAAGGCGCUCAGCAAGGAGGAGGCAAGACGUGUGCUCAGUGACCCCAUCCUUCGGAAGCGGGUCAUGCCCUCGAGGAACGCCUACCGCGACAAGAACAGAGGAGCCGGACCAGAAGUGCGAGCAAAGUGCAGAACCAUAGUCCAAGGGUGUCAUGAUCCAGACCUUGGUCUUCUGGACAGAUCAAGUCCAGCACCAACUCGCAACGCAGAGUUGCUGCUCUACGAAAUUGCUUGCGCAGGCUACAACAGACGCUUCCUCAAGAACAAGAAGGCCUGGAAGCUCUGGUCAGGCGACGUUGCUACAGCUUUUCUGCAGGGUCAACCAGAGGAACGAGAUCUUCCGAUCUACAUGCGACCACCCCGUGAUGGGAUACAGGGGCUCGCAGGAACGUUCCCGUUCGACCUUUACCAGAUUGUGGGCAACCUGUACGGCCUGUGCAAUGCACCAAGGACCUGGAUAAACCAUAUCGUCCGGAAGCUCCAGGCAGCCAAGUUCCUAAGGCACCGUCUGGACCACACUGUGUACUACAAGCUCGACUCACAAGGCGAACUGCUAGUUGUGCUCCUUUUCCACGUCGACGACUUCCUGACGGCGUUUCGCGAGGACUAUGAGUUCAGCGAGCUGCAGAACAUGUUCACCUGGGGGCAGACCAACCUUCUGGACGACGGUGACCUUGUCUUCAAGGGCAAGGAAGUCAGCCUCAAGAAGGUGAAUGGCGAGUACGAGAUUCACGUCACCCAGAAGGCCUUCAUCAGCGAGCUGGUAGCUGGCAAGCUCAAGCGCGGCAGAGCUUCUGAAACAACUCCCUUGACUCCUGAGGAAAUGAAGGAGUACCGCAGCUGCGCAGGGAGCUUGCAGUGGUUGGCCGGGAGUACAAGACCAGACAUUGCUGCAACAGUGUCUCUGAGCAACCACGGCGUGAACAGCAACCCGAGCCAACUGAAGGUCCUCUACGAGUGCAUCGACUACGUCAAGGAGACUCCCGAUCAAGGCCUGGUCUUCCAAGGAGUUGCAAUCAGCUACGCUACAGUUGUGGUAGGCUACGCAGAGUCCUCUUGGGCAAAUGCUCUUGGAGGCAAAAGCCAAAUGGGCGUGAUCAUCGUCAUCACGGGACCAGAGUGCCAAGAUCAGGUCUCACGAGCUACAAUACUGGACUGGAGAAGCUCGAGGAGUCCAAGGGUGACACGGUCCACUCUUGCCAGCGAGGCAAACGCCAUGGACGAUGGCGUGGACAGAGCCACCUUCCUCAACGUCUUCCUGUCCGAGUUCUUGAAGAGGCCCAACAACAGUGGACAGCUUGAAAAAGGAGUACUGAAGCAGCUCCAGGUGACCGAUUGUAAAUCCCUCUUCGACGCAGUUAUCUGCGAGAAUCCCUCUCUUGAAGAGAAGAGGACUCUGACAUCAAUCAGGUCGAUCCAGGACUAG